AAGAGUAACUUUUUCGUCUAUUAUUUGUGUGUUUAAGUGUGACUGACUAGGUUUUAGCUCGCGAAAAUAUGAUAAAGUUUUUUUUUUAAAAAAAAAAAGUGUAGAAAAAAAAAAGGAGAAUCCAAACAAAUUACUGAGUACUCUCUCCUCCCGUAUAUUAUUGAGUUCACUUCUUGAAUAUUUCAAACCCUAAAAACUCAUUUUGCCCAUCACCACAAUAUCACCAAGAAUAUGGCCAUACCAUCAUGACACUGGCAUCCAAUGGAAACAAGAUCUUCUAAAAGAAAGAGGCUUUCAAAUGCCAAAUCAGUUAAAAGCUCACAAGAUCACCAUCAUCACCAUGAAGACCGGAUCAGUGAUCUUCCAGAUGCAGUUCUUCAUCUCGUCCUUUGUCCAUUGCCCAUCAAAUCAAUUGCACAAACCAGCAUUUUGUCCAAAAGGUGGAGAAAUCUCUGGUAUUCUUUCCCUGAUCUUGAUUUUACCACCCUUGAAAUCAUCACUAGUGGUGAUGAUCAUCAUCAUCCCACUGAUAAUGUUUCCACCAAUGUAACAAAUAAUGGCAAGACUAAAAGAUUUCAGUCUUUAAGAGAGGCUGAAAUCAUUGAUCGAGUUUUGACUUGUCGUCGUGUUUGUCAUAAAAGACAAUCUUAUUCUGAUAUUAGGGUUCUUCGAGUUUGCGCUAGUUUGAGCUUUUCUAUGUUGAACACUUUGAUUAGGAGGGCUACAAAGUUUAAUGUUCAAGAGCUUGAUAUUGAGGUUAUUACAAAUGAUUAUUUCAACUUCCCGCGUUGUGUUAUCUUUAGUGAGUCCUUAAGGGUUUUAAAGUUGAAAUCUAGGCAUCCCGGAUUUCGAUUACCUCCAUUGAUGGUUCUCAAGGGCGGAUUUCAAUCUUUAGUUUCGCUAUCACUUUCUCAAGUGAUGUUGCAUGAUCAACCCUCCCUUGUUAAUCUGUUUUCCUCAUCGAAUUCCUUCCCUAGGCUUAAGAAAUUGUGUUUAGAGAAAUGUAUUGGAUUGAAGCAUCUUAAUGUUAGUUGUCGUUUUCUUGAAGAUUUGACUCUAGAGAAUUGUUUUCACCUAGAAGAUUUGGAGAUUUGUAGUCCGAAACUUGAGAGUUUGCGUGUUGUAGAUUGUUUCGAUUCUUAUAGCAGCAGUAGUUGGUUCCGAAUGGAUGCUCCAGCCCUGAGAGUGAUAUUCUGGUCCUAUAGUACUAUCACUGAAACCAUUGUAUUGGAGAAUCUGAAUUCCUUGCAAGAUGCAUUUGUAGGGUUUUUUUCGCUUCAUGGGGACCUCAGUGCUACAAAGCUUAGAAGCGUAUCCAAUUUUCUGUCUGGAAUUUCUAAUUCACAGUCUCUGACGUUGGAAAGCUCAUGUAUUGAGAUUUUGUCUAGAAACUAUCAUCUUGGAGGUUUUUUCCAAUACCCAUACCUCAAACUCAAAUCCAUGGAGAUCCAAACCGAUUUCAACAAACAUAAUCUCCCAGGAUUAGCAACUAUAUUCAGGAAUUCCCCUACUGUCCAUACACUCAUAAUCAAGAUUGAAAAUGUCCAUAAUGAUGAAAGGAGGAAAUGGAACAGAGAUCUCUGGGAAUCAUCCGGCUCUGGGGAAGAAAAAUAUUGGGAAUCUCAAAGUCGAGCCAUGAGUUCCUUCCUGCAUAACUUAAAAGUGGUGAAGAUCCAUGGGUUUACAGAGUGCGAGAAUGAUAUUAGCUUCGUGAAGUUUUUGCUCAAGCAUGGAAAAGUUCUCCAAGAGAUGUUUCUAUCCAUUGGAGUCUCCAGGCCACGGAACUCCCUCGAGAGGGACAAAAUCAAGUCACAAAUUCGGGGAUUUUCUCGUGCUUCCUACAAUGCGAAGAUCUUGUUUCAGUGAGCGAUUUCAGAUCAAAUGGAUUAAUGAGCAAGCCAAAAAAAAUGUUUUCAGUCAGCUGAGAAGAUGGUCAAUUACAUUUUCGAAUUCGGAUGCUUAAAUCUUCUACAUAGUACAGUGUUUCCAUUCAAUAUGAUCAUUCUGG